CUCUUUAUUUUGGAUAAAGUCGGCAAAACGCAUUGGCAGCGCGACAAGCAAAGGGUCAAAUCUACACCAAGUGCUUCUGGAACUGUGCUGUGAUUGUGUACUGAAAAGUAGACUCUGAACGGACAGCCGGUUUUUCACCUGUAAAUGCCUGGCUUGAGGAAAGCGAAGAUAAAAUAAAAAGGGAUAAAGAGUCCAAAAAGAAGGCCUGGUUAUUCUGAGUGAAAUCCAGUUAUAUGUUCAGUUUUGGUACAUCCCUAUCAAGUGAGGGGUAAAGCACAGUAAGAAUUGUGAUCACUUGACAGUGAAAAACCGCUGUAAGUUGGUUUAUGAAGCUUCAACUAAGCCUGCCCACUUAAGCUCCUGUCUAAUAGCUGCCAAGGCAAGCCCAGUACCUCCCAUUUAGAGUUCACCAAGGUUUAGAAUGGCCGAGUCAAAGUCUCUGAAGCAAUUAAAGAGAGAGCGAAUGACUGCCAAACAGCGGUUUUCCCGACUAGCAAACUCCGUAAUGAAGUCUUGCAAGAAAAUGUCGGCCGAUGAAUUGAUGGAAGCCUUCAAUAAGGUUGUGCUGGAUGCUGAUAAGGUCUUGGAGGCGAAUGAGGAGGUGGAAAUUGCCUGGUUGGAGGAGUUGGAGCAUGUGUCGACCCCGAAAGAGAGCAUGAGAGAUGACAUCAAAAGGACAGUGGAGGAGCGUGAACAGAAACUUGACGAUGUGGAGCACUUCGUUCAGAAGGUCCUAUGGGGAAAUUUCGGCAACUCUGAAUUGACUGUGGCCCUGGAGGCUGCUGAAAAGGAGUGUAAGCGCCUUUUGAUGAGUCAGCCUGGCCUGAAGUUGGAGGUGUAUGAGUUGAUGCUUAAUCACCUUGAGGGGCUGGUAAAGGCAGCGAAAGAGGCUGUUUUUCGAUGGAGUCGUUGGAUCUCAGAUGCAGAGCGGCCUGACUUUCAGCAGCGUAUGAGGAACAUAGAGAGUUUGUUGCCUGAGUUGAUUUCGGGGAAGGCUGACCUAUUACAGGCGAAGUUGGAACAUAAUGGGUCCUCAGAUGCAACCCUGCCCCCGUCUCCAGCUAUUAAGCUGAGGCCAACAGCACUUCCUCGGUUUGAUGGAAAUAGGCGGAACUUCUACCUCUGGAAAAAGGAAUGGGAAGCAUUGCAAAAGCAAGGAGAACCCACUGGGUCCAAGGAGGUGAGGAAGUUUCAGCUUUUGGAUAGUCUCGAGGAAAGGGUGGCAAGAGAACUCCGCCUGCCAACCUAUGGAACAGCUGAUGAAAUAUUUCGGGUUCUUGGAAAUCGGUUUGGAAAUAAAUCAGCAAUUGCCUUGGAGAUUGUAGAGGAACUGCAGGCUCUGCCUCCAGUGAGAGGCCAUCAGCCACGGAGGGUUGUGGACAUGAUACAGGUUGUUGAAAAGGCCUUGUAUGACCUUAGUGAGUUGGGAAAUACGGGUGCUUUGAGGAAUCCUCUUGUCACGAAAUCCUUAGAAAGUAAACUGCCUGAAAACUUGAAAAAGGAAUGGUUGGUCUGUUCGGCAGGAGAGGAGGAGGUUGCAUCACCUGAAGGUAGAUUUGACAUGCUCCUUAAGUUCCUGAGAAGUCAGGAAAAGAUUUAUGAGCAGUUGGACCAAUUAAGGGACGAUGAUUCCAGUAAGAGAGAGAGAAAAAUCCCACAAAAGCAUGCCCGGACCAAAGCCACUAACUCGUUAGGCUUUCAAGCAUCUUGCAUUGUCUGUGGAGAGAGGGGUCACAGGAAGAAGUUGUACUACUGCAAGAAAUUUAAAACGCUUCGAGUGGGGGAAAAGAGGGAGGCCGUUAAGAAGUUCGGCGCUUGUGUGAGGUGUCUUGAGAUUCACGAUGGUAACGCAGAGUGUAAGACCACCUUCCUGUGUAAAAAUGAGGGGUGCAAGGACGCUCAAGGCCUAGGUCAUCACUACUACCUCUGUCCCAAGGUUGGAAGCAAGGAAGGAGACCCAAGGCGGUUGAGGCCCAGUCCAGCAAGAGCUGAAGGGAAGAGGUAUACUGAAAGCCAGGAAGAGUUCCUAACGAGCUUGCCCCCUGAUUUAGCUCAGCGGUGUCGGAAUGUGUUCUGCAACUCUGUCUCAAAGACAUUUAGCUUAACCGUUCCAGAGCAGGGGUUGCUAGCGGAGAAUGACCUCAAGGAGUUUCCAGUUAUAAUGAUGAUCCUUGAGGUCACUGCCAAUGCUGGGCAAAAGAUUGGAACUUUGAUAGACCUGGCAUCUGAUACCAAUUAUAUUACCCAUGAGGCUGCUGGUGAGCUGGACUUAAGGAGUGAGGAUGUGACCCUUAUAGUCCAUGGAGUUGGCGGAAUGCAAGUAACAGUUCAGACCAAGCGUUACCUGCUGAAGAUACGGAUUUUAUGGAUUGGUGGAGGUGGGACAGCAUUGGGGCUGCUUGUGAGCCUCGGUGUGGUGGCUGUAGAUGUGGAAAUUGCCAACCUGGGGGAAAGGAGAUGA